UUUGGGUUUCUUAAAAGUAAAAUAAAAUGCCCCUUGCUUCACUGAAAGGGGGCUUCUGGUUCUUUGUGCCGCUCUACUACUGGUUUCCUUGGAGUCUGGCUGAUUUUCUGAACGGAGUCACAUUUGGAGGUAUUUGUGGGCCGUGGCCUUUGGGCACUUAUGAUGCGUCCUGUCUUGUUUUCGUCUUUAUCUUGAUUACUGCCUUCCACGCUCUUUCGCCUCGUAAAUUUGGAGGGUUCAAGGCGAAAUGCUGCAAAGUAUACUCAGUCGUCUAGUUCUUAUUUUCUUCUUCGACCCAGCGCUCAUUUCUACCGCCUCGUUCCUGUGCUGAUAACUUGCUUCUGCUGUGCUUGUCGUUACUUCAUUCCACUAUUGUGGUUUACAGUAAUGGUAUGUACCGCGUAUACCAAUCAAAGGAGGAUAUAAAAUCAAACAGAAAAGUUUCCCG